AUGGCUUCAUCGGCUUCAAAGCGCCUUUUCAAGGAGUAUCGUAUGCUCUCCAACGACCCGCCAGAGGGCAUCACUGCCGGCCCGGUCAGAGAAGACGACAUGUUCAUCUGGGAAGCGCUGAUCCAAGGACCGGAAGGCACACCCUUUGAAGGCGGCGUCUUCCCCGCAGAGUUACGGUUCCCGAAAGACUACCCACUCGCGCCACCAAAGAUGAAGUUUGUGACGGAGAUGUGGCAUCCAAAUGUAUACCCCAACGGCGAAGUUUGUAUAUCGAUCCUCCACGCGCCUGGCGAAGACCCCAUGCACUACGAACAAGCCUCCGAGCGGUGGUCACCCAUACAAAGCGUCGAGAAGAUCUUGAUUAGCGUCAUGAGCAUGUUGGCAGAGCCGAACGAUGAGAGUCCAGCGAACGUGGACGCGGCGCGAAUGUGGAGGGAGAAGAGGGAGGAGUACGAGAAGAUUGUGCGGACGAAUGUCAGGAAGAGUCUGGGGCUGUAG